CAGUCCUACAAUGACGGUGUCUAUGGCACAUUCCCCACAAACGAGUAUCACUCGGCAAAAAACUUUAGUCCUGCGAUACAAGUCAACACCUGGAACAAACAGGCCAUGUCUAAAUCUGGCUCACACAUUCUGAUCCGUCACGAUGCCUUUUCUGAUUCCAAGAACAGCCUGGAUGCGUCGCCGCUCAUACUGAGCACAGAGGACCUCAGCGCCGUGUACCUGAACCGCAGUUUCCCAGGCGUGGCGAAUGUCAACGUACAGAUGUACGAAGGCAAGCCGAUCCUCUCAUUCUUCGGCGGACCUAUUCAGGAGGAUGUAGGCUUCGGCAACGGCUUCGUUUUUGGGUACGACCAGUCGUACCGGGAAGUCGGUCUCUUGGCAGCAGAGGAUCUCAAAGUCGGAGCGGACUUUCAUGAGUUUGUCAUGACGGGAGACAAGACGGCAAUAAUUACCGCGUACGAGAUGAUCGACUGGGAUCUAAGCCCAUACCUCUCCGACGACGAUGACGAAGAUGCGCAAGAGGGCAAGCUGCUGGAUUGUGUCUUCCAGGAGAUCAACCUCGACACCUUCGAGGUGCUCUUCCAGUGGCGCGCGUCCGAGCACAUCCCCAUGGACCUAUCGUACGAGCCUGCCGACGAAUCAGAGUACGGGUGGGAUUUCUUCCACGUCACCAGCGUACAGAAGUCUCAGACGGGCGACUAUCUUGUGUCGGCGGCCUCCAUGCACUCGAUAUACAUGAUCGACGGGACGACGGGCGCCGUCAAGUGGACGCUGGGCGGGAAGGGCAACGACUUCGAGGAGCUGCCUUACCCUGCAGGGCGGUCCUUUAGCAAUCCUCUGUUGACCAUGGGCUGGCAGCACCAUGCACAGUUCUACCCAGGACGAAACGAGAAGGAGUUUACCGUUUUCGACAACCACGGCGUCGAUAUAAAUGGCUGGGGCUGCACGGAGAACUGCUCGCGGGGCUUGCACUUCUCUCUCGAUCCAGACGCCAAGAGGGUCCAGCUCCUCAACGAAUACCUUCACCCGGUAGGGCUGUGGAGUAUCUCCCAAGGAAGCGUGCAAGUCCUCGACAACGGCAACGUGUUCAUCGGCUGGGGUCGCAACCCUGCCAUUACAGAGCAUCUUCCCGGCGGAGAUUGCGUUUUCGACAUCCAAUUCUCGCCCUGGCGCUCUCCCAAGACGGACUGGAAGAGUUUGGAUAAUUAUCGCGCCUACAAGGUCGAUUGGACGGGGCGUCCGCACUGGAAACCCGACAUAAUGGGCGAAAGAGGCCGCUCGGGAGGCAUCAGAAUCUGGACAAGCUGGAACGGCGCCACUGAAGUGAAGGAAUGGGUUCUUCUCGGGAGCAAGAAAAGCUUCGAUAUCAACGGAGCCCAGAAAUUCGUGACGAGGGCACAGCGGGAUGGAUUCGAGACGUCAAUGUGGGUUGAGAUGUCGCAGCAGGCGAGGUAUUUCCGUGCCGUUGCCCUGGACGCUCGUGGACAUAUACUCAGCGCCUCGGAUAUUUUCGACAUCAAGACCAGGACGGUGACGCCGGCU